ACAUACAUAUAUAUGCUACACUCCAAUUUGAUUCCCAUAUUCAAACCACUCAAGAGAGUCUCAUUAGGCUCAAGAGUCGCAACGAUUAUAUUCAAAUUCAGAGUAAGAUCAUAAUCGUCUGAAUUCGCAGCCAAUGGCGUCUCAGAGCGUGGUUGGUUUCGUUGGCUUGGAUGAUUUGAGCUUGGAAUUGGCCGCUUCUCUGCUUCGCUCUGGCUAUGCAGUCCAAGCUUUCGAGACAUCCAGUCCUUUGAUGGACGACUUUUCAAAGCUAGGGGGAACAAAAUGUGGUAGCUCUAUAGAUGAAGGGAGAGAUGUUGCAGCUUUGAUUGUAUUGAUAUCUCAUGCAGAUCAGAUAAACGAUAUUCUUUCUGGUCACGAGAGUGCUUUAAGAGGGUUGCAAAAGGAUGCAGUAAUCAUUAUUCGUUCUACCAUAUUACCUGCACAUAUUCAGAAGCUGGAGAAGCAUCUUACAGAGGACUAUGGGAGAACUUUUAUAGUUGAUGCAUAUGUCUCUAAGGGAAUGUCAGACGUUUUGAAUGGAAAACUCAUGAUUAUUUCCUCAGGAAGGUCAGAUUCCAUUUCUAGGGCAAGGCCUGUUCUUUCAGCCACAUGUGACAAAUUAUACGUUUUUGAGGGUGAGCUUGGCGCUGGAAGUAAAAUUAAAAUGGUAGUCAACUUGCUUGAGGGCAUUCAUUUAGUUGCUUCUGUUGAGGCGAUUUCUCUUGGUGUUCAAGCUGGGAUUCAUCCAAUGAUACUCUAUGACAUCAUUUCUAAUGCUGCUGGAAAUUCAUGGGUUUUCAAGAAUCAUGUUCCCCAAUUGCUAAAGGAUGGCAAACAUCAUUUCCUGAAUACUUUUGUUCAAAAUGCAGGGAUCGUUUUGGAUAUGGCUAAAUCAUUUACAUUUCCUCUGCCACUUUUGGCAGUUGCGCAUCAACAACUCAUAGCAGGCAUUACACAUGGUCGUGGGGAUGCUGAUGAUGCCACAUUGGCCAAGGUGUGGGGAAAAGUACAUGGAGUGAAUAUUAUGGAUGCAGCCAAUGCGGAACCUUACUACCCUGAGGAACUGGCAAAACAAAUUACUGCCACACCAACUCCUGUAAAUCGAAUCGGAUUCAUUGGUCUUGGAGCAAUGGGAUUUGGCAUGGCAACUCACCUACUAAAAUCAAAUUUUUGCGUUAUUGCUUACGAUGUGUAUAAGCCAACUCUUUCCAGAUUUGCAAGUGCAGGUGGCUUGAUUGGGAGCUCUCCAUCUGAAGUAUCUAAGGAUGUAGAUGUGCUUGUUAUCAUGGUAACAAAUGAAUCUCAAGCUGAAAGUAUUCUAUAUGGAGAUCUUGGCGCUGUUUCAGUCCUUCCACCUGGAGCAUCUAUUAUCCUUUCAUCUACGGUUUCUCCUGCAUUUGUGAGCCAGCUAGAGCGACGCUUGCAAAAUGAAAAUAAGGAUUUGAAAUUGGUUGAUGCUCCUGUCUCUGGUGGUGUUAAGAGGGCCUCCGAUGGAACACUUACGAUAAUGGCAUCAGGUUCGAAUGAAGCUCUAAAGCAUUCUGGUUUGGUUCUCUCAGCGUUAAGUGAGAAGCUCUAUAUUAUCAAAGGAGGUUGUGGAGCUGGAAGUGGUGUAAAGAUGGUUAAUCAAUUGCUUGCUGGAGUUCAUAUAGCAUCAGCAGCUGAGGCAAUGGCCUUUGGUGCUCGAUUGGGGCUAAAUACAAGAUUUUUGUUUGAUGCCAUCACAAAUAGUGGAGGAACUUCUUGGAUGUUUGAGAAUCGUGCUCCACAUAUGGUGGAAAAUGAUUAUACACCAUUAUCUGCACUCGACAUAUUUGUGAAGGAUCUGGGUAUUGUUUCUCGUGAAUGCACAUCCCGUGGAGUCCCGCUUAAUGUUUCUACUGUUGCACACCAACUCUUCUUAUCAGGUUCUGCUGCUGGAUGGGGUCGUAUAGAUGAUGCUGGUGUAGUUAAGGUCUAUGAGGCACUCACAGGUGUCAAGGUUGAAGGAAAACUUCCUGUUCUUAGGAAAGAACUUGCUUUUCAAUCUCUUCCAUCUGAAUGGCCUUUGGAUCCCAUUGAGGAUAUAUGUAAGCUGGAUCAAAACAGUUCAAAAACUUUGAUUGUUCUGGAUGAUGAUCCAACUGGAACACAAACUGUUCAUGAUGUUGAAGUAUUAACAGAAUGGAAUAUUGAGCCACUCGUUGAACAGUUUAAAAAGAGGCCUAAAUGCUUCUUCAUUUUAACAAAUUCUCGGUCCUUGAGUUCUGAGAAGGCCACUGCAUUAAUAGAAGAUAUCUGCCGAAACAUUCGUAGUGCAGCUAAAUCUGUUGAAAACAUUGAAUAUACAGUUGUUCUGAGGGGGGAUUCAACAUUACGAGGACACUUUCCAGAGGAAGCAGAUGCAGCUGUUUCAGUAUUAGGUGAGAUGGAUGCGUGGAUCAUUUGCCCCUUUUUUCUUCAAGGAGGCCGCUAUACCAUUGAAGAUGUGCACUAUGUUGCAGAUUCUGAUCGGCUUGUCCCUGCUGGGGACACAGAAUUUGCUAAAGAUGCAGCUUUUGGCUACAAAUCUUCAAAUCUCCGCGAGUGGGUAGAGGAGAAAACUAGAGGCCGCAUACCAGCCAGCAGUGUGAAAUCUAUCUCUAUCCAACUGUUAAGGAAAGGUGGACCAAAUGCUGUUUGUGAGCAACUUUGUAGUUUUGAAAAGGGGACAACAUGUAUAGUUAAUGCAGCCAGUGAAAGAGACAUGGCUGUAUUUGCAGCUGGAAUGAUCCAGGCAGAACUGAAGGGAAAGAAUUUCUUAUGCCGCACUGCUGCUAGUUUUGUUUCUGCGCGGAUUGGAAUCAUUCCAAAAUCUCCAAUAUUGCCCAAGGAUCUUGGGAUAAAUAAAGGGAGGAGUGGUGGACUUAUUGUUGUGGGUUCAUAUGUUCCAAAAACAACGAAACAGGUGGAAGAACUGAAAUUACAAUGUGGCCAUAUCUUAAGAAUUAUUGAGAUUUCUGUUGAUAAACUUGCCAUGAAGUCAUUAGAAGAGAGGGAGGAGGAAAUCAAUCGAACAUCUAAGAUGGCAGAUGUUUUCCUUAGGGCUUGUAAAGACACUCUAAUAGUGACCAGUCGAGAGCUCAUCACUGGAAAAACUCCUUCUGAGAGUUUGGAGAUCAAUUUUAAAGUGAGCUCUGCACUGGUGGAAAUUGUUAGGAGGAUAACUACAAAACCUCGUUAUAUUCUUGCAAAGGGUGGAAUCACCUCAUCUGACCUUGCUACAAAAGCUCUAGAAGCAAAAUGUGCAAAAGUAGUUGGACAAGCCUUGGCCGGUGUUCCCUUGUGGCAGCUAGGUCCUGAAAGUAGACAUCCAGGAGUUCCAUACAUUGUUUUCCCAGGGAAUGUUGGCGACAACAAAGCUGUGGCAGAAGUGGUGAAAUGUUGGGCUCGUCCAGUCAAAUUUUCAUCAACAAAGGAGCUCCUUAUUAAUGCAGAAAAAGGUGGAUACGCUGUUGGAGCUUUCAAUGUUUAUAAUUUGGAAGGGGUUGAGGCAGUUGUCACUGCGGCAGAGGAGGAACAAAGUCCUGCUAUUUUACAGAUCCAUCCUAGUGCUUUGAAGCAAGGAGGAAUUCCGUUGGUUGCAUGUUGCAUCUCUGCUGCUGAACAAGCAAGUGUUCCCAUCACGGUUCAUUUUGAUCAUGGAAAUUCCAAGCAAGAGUUAGAAGAAGUUCUUGAGUUGGGAUUUGAUUCAGUCAUGGUAGAUGGUUCACACCUUCCUUUCAAGGACAAUAUCUCAUACACGAAACAUAUUUCAUCCUUGGCACACUUAAAAGAUAUGCUAGUGGAAGCUGAAUUAGGGAGAUUGUCAGGAACAGAAGAUGACUUGACUGUGGAAGAUUAUGAAGCAAGGCUAACUGAUGUUAAUCAGGCUCAAGAAUUUAUUGAUGAGACAUGGAUAGAUGCUUUGGCAGUCUGUAUUGGAAAUGUCCAUGGAAAAUACCCUGCAAGUGGCCCGAAUCUUCGACUUGAUUUGCUUAAGGAUCUGUAUGCAUUGAGUUCGAAGAAAGAAGUUUAUAUUGUUCUUCAUGGAGCUUCUGGAUUGUCCGAGGAACUUAUCAAGGAAUGCAUAAAGCUGGGUGUAAGGAAGUUCAACGUAAACACAGAGGUCCGGAAGGCUUACAUGGAUUCACUGAGAAACCCUGAGAAAGACAUUGUCCCUGUUAUGGAAUCUGCAAAGAAAGCCAUGAAAGCUGUGGUUGCAGAGAAGAUGCGCCUUUUUGGCUCAUCCGGAAAAUCAUGUUGAAUGUUCUUUGCUAGUCACUUCGUAAAAGGAAAAGACUGCUGCGGAAGUUGCAACUUAAAACCAUAGGGAAGCAACCAAAUCAUGCUGGCAUAUUGCUUUUUCCCUUAUGAGAAUAUAUUGUAUCUGUGAUAUGUAAACAAGUACCCAUUCAACCUAAAAUUAUGUAAUUAUAUGUUGUUUUA